AUGGUUCUCGAGGCUACGAUGAUUGCCAUCGAUAACUCCGAGUACAUGCGAAACGGAGACUACCUUACAUCGAGAUAUGAUGCUCAACUCACAACCACAGAGUUUAUUUUCCAAAAUAAGGUCAAUUCCAAUCCCGAAAAUACUGUUGGUGUAUUGGCUUAUGGUGGAGCUGGACCCCAGGUCCUAAGUACUUUAACUACAGAUUUCGGAAAAAUACUUUCUGGUGUUCACGAAACGAAAAUUGAAGGCGAUAACAACUUCAGCGAUGGGAUACAAGUUGCGGCAUUGGCGUUGAAGCACCGUCAAAACAAGGUACAGCAGCAAAGAAUCAUCAUUUUUGUUGGAUCUCCCAUCAAGGAGCUGGAGAAGGAAUUGGAGAAGUUGGCUAAGAAGAUGAAGAAGAACAAUGUGGCAAUUGAUAUUAUAAACUUUGGGGAAGAGUCUAUCAAUACUAGCAAAUUAGAAAAAUUCCAUUCAGUCAUUAAUAACCAGGACAAUUCACACCUUGUAACCGUUCCACCUGGACCUCGGUUAUUAUACGAAGUAAUCGCCUCUUCGCCAAUCUUGGUGGAAGAUGGUGCAUUUGGAGGCGGAGCUGGUGGAGAAAUGGAUUUCUUUGGCGGAGCUGGUGGUGUGGCUGAUGCUGGUGAUAUAAUUGAUCCCAACAUGGACCCCGAUUUGGCGUUGGCUCUUCGUUUGUCCUUGGAAGAAGAAAAGGCAAGACAGGAGAGAGAAGCAGCCGCUUCGGGUACCGGAAGUGCUCCAGGUACUUCAACCAAUCCGGAAAAUACGACCCAGACAUUGGAAAGAGCUGGUGAAAAUGAAAACGAAAACGAAAACGAAAACGAAAACGAGAGGAAAGAUGGCGCUCAGGCGGGAAGUGACAGCAAGGAUCUGAAGACUGAUGAUACCAAAUAG